AUGGCGACAGCCAUCCACGGCGAAGAGGGCUCUCGAGAGCCGCCAGAAGCUAUGCAGUCAGGUCACUGGCUCCCAGCCCUGCGCCCAGACACCAUCGAUGAAUUCUAUGCCGAUCCGAAACCCGUCGAUUCGAAUCCAAAUGGCGAUACGUCGAUGACUGUGAUUCCUCCAACUCCUAUUUCCCAACACAACGGAGAUGUCGGCUUGUCGACGGAAGACACGUUUGCACAGCCGCACAUUCAAGAUAAACCCGCAACGGGCGCUGCCCUGGCUCACGGGCCGGGAACACAUACUACAUGGUCUUCUCAACCUUCAGGCGGAAUUCAUGGGAGUGACGAACUCCCGUCGGACGACGAUAAUGAAAGACUUGAUCCUGCCUGGGGGAUCAAGCGCCUAGACAGCACCCAUAUUCUUGACCAAGUUCACCGCUCCACAACGUUUCCUGAGUUUCAUUCGCCCGAAACCACGAAUCCCCAACCCGAGGUCGACUCGGCGAAGAAUGAAAAGAACGAACUGGAAUCCGAGACCGUCAACGGCACUACAGAAGCUGGUGAGAUGGCACGACAAGAAAACGGUGACCUCGGACCCCAAAGUGUCUCUUGGAUGGAUGAUGAUCAUGAGGGGACGCGUGAUACGCGGUCGUGGACAAUUCCAGCGCAAGGAGAGCCCAUGGAUGAGGAGGCUCUGCGCUUUGAAGAAGGUGUACCGCUUAUUCAGGCGGGGGAGCCAACUCCAACUGAUCAUGAAGCUUGGAAUCAAGGGCUACGACAAAAUCCUUUCAAAGCGGCACAAGGUGACGAAGAAUCCACCUUCUUUUCGAACAUCAACGGGACUCCGGCUCCGGCUUCCCAAAGCCCUGCGCUUGACAGAAAGUCCACUACUCAAGUUCUGGACGCGCUAAAUCUGUCGGAUCGGGACAUACCAGAGUCUCCGCCGGUCUCAGCACCCGCCGAGACCUCUUUCUUCGACGAGUUGGCUGCAGGCACAGCGUCUGAUGCGGACAAUAAGAUCCCCGUCAUCCCAGAGACCGAAGAUGUUGACGCUAUGUGGGCAGCAGCACUUGGCGAUGAGGAGUUCCUGGUAGAAGAUGCUGACGAUCUGCUUCCUGAUUCAGAACCCGGCUCGCCAUCCUCUUUCAUUGCAUCUCUGCAGGAAUCAUCAGCCGUACCCGAUGGAACGGGCAAACAACCGAAACCCAGCACACUGUCCCAGCAACAGGUACAGCCUCAAAUACAGAGCUCGAUCAACCCCUACACGCCCCAUCAACCAUCUACUUCUGAUAUGCUCCAGCUGUCUCCCACAGCCCGUACCACACACAACAAUGUGGGUCUAUCGCGACCCGAACUGGCUCCGAUGGGUUCCUUCCAAGCCCAUUUACAACAGGAGCCGCAUCCUCAAAGCGUAAAGAGCUUUGUGGAUCAGGCAAAAGACGGUUACAAGUCGCCAUAUGAUCUGCCUCUGGAACUCAGCAAGUCGAGGAAGAGAGCCCAUGUCCCUCACCCCGUCCAGAUAGCAAGGUCUGUGGCGCCGCCCCCGAGGAGCAGCAGUUUGUCCGAAAAGCCCUUGCAAUCACCUUUCCAUCCGAACGUGUCUACAACGGUAGGACCUACUGUUAUGCCACCCCCAGCACCAUCCCCUGCUAUGCCGCCACGAAGUGUCUCUGCCUUUGCGCCGAGCAAGACCGAACCAUCAACAUCUGGGUCAUCUUCAAGCUUCUUUGAAGAAUUACCGCUGGCCUCGAGGCCACGACAUACUGGCCGCCACACUCCACAGCAUACCAUGGUCACUCCUCCCCCACCGUUGUCAGCACAGAGCCCGCCCGUUGCUCCUCCACCUCCACAACAGCAGCUUUCACCUCCUGGUCCCUCCGAUCCCUAUACUCAGUAUCAAUUGCGACCUCCUGAACGCAUGGAUCCUUAUGCAAAUGUCCCGCUACAGCCUCCUCCUGUACCCCCGGCUACAACUACCAGGUAUUCACCUGCGCCUGUCACAUCAAACCUAGGCCCUCGACCCGGGCCUUCUCCUCGAUAUUCUCCAGCACCUCCAACACAAACUGCAGCUGCAAAUGCUGCGAGAUACGCAGCGCAACCGACCCCCCCGGCUCCAUCUCAUAGCACGACUCAUAGCAUGACAGCAGUGCCAACCCAAACCACAUCACAACAUCCACAUCCUGGGCCCACAAUCCUGCCCUUUCAACCCCGGACGUCAAGUCCACUUGCAUAUCACAAAAGUUCGGUUGAUGAAAGUGUCAACGGCGUGCCGGCCUCAAUUAUGCAGUCUCCAGGGACCCAUGCACUUGUAAAUCAGCUUUCACCUCCUGGCACCUCAGCUCCGUAUUCAAUGACGUCUCCUGACCGGGGUGGUUUGGUAGACUCUAAUCUGAUAUCAGCUACCAAACGUCCCAAUGUUGAACAAUUACCCCCUCCGCGCCGAUCGCAAACUCAAUCUCCAUCCAAACAACGCUCCCAAGGGGCAUUCCCUUCUUACCCAACCGACUUCAUUAACCGCCCGGCUUCUGCGUAUGGGCAGCCGCCACCAAGCAAAACCGUAGCCCCGCUCGAGGCUGUUCCACCCGCAAGGCCUAGUGUCCAAGCUCGAGGAUUGGUCCCGGAAUUGGAAUUUGUACGGCCUCAAGAUGACACGCAAUUCGACCCUUUAGAGCGGUGGAAGGGUGCUCCCUUGUUCAGGUUUGGGUUUGGCGGCACUGUCAUCAGCACGUUUCCAAAACUUGUCCCCAGAUAUGCAACGGGUGCGCCACGACCUCAGAUCAAGCCGACUGCUGGAGCAGUUGCCAUUCAUAAUGCAAAAGACAUGUUUCCGCUGGCGGAAUUUUGGAGUCAGUUUCCUGGUCCGCUGCGUUCCAAGUCGAAGAAGAAAGAUGUAUUGUCUUGGAUGACAACUUACAUAAAUGGUAUGGAGAUGAACGCGCCAAAUUUCCUCCACACUCAAUCUCAUGAUGAUCCGGCUAGACGUCAUCAUGAAAAGGUGUUACUCUGGAAGAUUAUCCGUACUCUGGUCGAACACGACGGAUCUCUUGACGGGCCAGCGUUGAAGGCAAUUAAUCUCCUCCUUUCCCCGGAGGUCCACAACGUGGACCUGUCAAGUCCAAUCCAAUAUCGCGAGGGUGAGCCGUCUUCGGGCAUCUACCGACCUCCUGGUGUGAAUGUCCGUCCAGACUCAGUGGAUCCCAUGGCAGUCGAGACUUUACGAAAACGCUUGCUUGGCGGUGACCGCCAGGCGGCUGUGUUUCAUGCCAUGGAUAGUCGCUUGUGGUCUCAUGCUCUCAUCAUUGCCUCAACGAUGGACCGUUCAGUAUGGAGUCAAGUGGUAAGAGAGUUCGUUCGUCAGGAGGUGAAGACUACUGGAGUGAACACUGAAUCGCUCUCUGCUCUAUAUGAAAUCUUCGGGGGUAACCUUGAGGAAAGCAUAGACGAGCUGGUUCCGCCAUCUGCUCGAGCUGGGCUCCAAAUGGUGAGUAAAGUCGACACUGGAGAACCAGCAAAGAAUGCGCUCGACGGUCUGAACCGGUGGAAGGAAACUCUAAGCCUCGUGCUGAAUAAUCGAUGCCAAGGCGAUCAUCAAGCCUUAGCAGUCCUUGGGGGGUUACUGGAGGACUACAAUCGCAUCGAGGCGGCUCAUGUUUGCUAUCUCUUCUCUAGAAACCCUCAGAGGCCGGCUCUGUUUGGAGGUCUCGAUGAAGAGCAUGCGGCUAUCGUCUUGCUCGGUGCGAACCACAAAGCUCACCCGUUCGACUUUGGCCGCGAUCAAGAUGCUAUAUUGCUCACUGAAAUCUAUGAGUUUGCGACGAGCAUUCUAGCAUCAGGGGCAUCCUUGUCAUUCAUGCCACAUCUCUCGGUUUUCAAGCUGCAGCGAGCAACAACCAUGGCGGAAGCCGGACUGCGAGCGGAGGCGCAAUCUUAUUGUGAUGCAAUUGCGUCCACAUUCAAAUCGAGCACCAAGAUGUCAACAUAUUAUCAUUCAUUAUUCCUAUCCGAGCUCGAUGAUCUGUCGAAUCGGCUCAAACAAACGCCGAUUCAAGGCUCGUCAUCCUGGAUUGCAAAGCCCAGCUUAGAAAAGGUCGGAGGCUCCAUGUGGAACAAGUUCAGCAGUUUUGUUGCAGGUGAGGACAGUGAUGCGGAAUCCAAAGGCUCGGGAAAGGACGCGGUCGAAGCUGGUCCAUUUGCGAACAUUGCCGGCACGCCAUCGAUCAGCAGAACCGCAUCUCAGUCGGACAUGCAUGGGCCAUACCCACAAUCUGUUCCCACAACAGUUGCCGGAUCCAGAUACGCACCCAACGGCAUGCAAUCUGCACGAUCUUCUGCGGAAAUUACCCGUGGUCGACCAUCUUUGGAUUCUCAAAGAUCGCCUCCAUCGACUUCUCACUCCCAGCACAAUCAUCAAUACGAACCGAUGAACAUGUUUCAGCAUACACAAGGACUGCCUGCAGCGAAUCCUUAUCAAACUUUUGCCACAGCUUCGCCUCCAACUUCUUUCCCGCAGAGCCCUCCGAGGACUUCGUACAUGCCGAACAAUAUUGCUCAGUCAGCGCCAUCAAACUCGUCUCCCAUGCGCCCCAACACCUAUGCGCCAACCCCGCCGGCUGAAGACCUCAUCCGACAAUCAUAUGGAUCCACUCCCGAGCAGGCUGCAGGAUCCCACAUCCCCGAAGAAACAAUAUCGUAUGGUGGCUAUGAGCCACCCAAACCCGGUGACUUGGACACACCUCAACAGGAUGAAGGUGCCGGCAUGGGCUUUGAUGCCCCGACACAGUCUUAUGGCUACGUGCCUCCCACUGGCGCCGGUUAUGUCCCAUAUGUUCCAGAGCCAGAUUCACCAGAGGAAGAGACCAAUGAAGCAAAACCCAAGAAGAAAUCAUUCAUGGACGACGAUGAUGACGAUUUUCCUCGGAUAUCGCACCAGCCGCAGGAUUCUGGACCGAAGGCUUCAGUGGACGAUGAUGAGACUGCACGUAAACGGGCCAAUGACGCUGCAGCGGAUGCCGCCUUCCGUGCUGCAGCAGAAGCAGAUGCUGCUCGCGAGAAGGAGAAAAAAGAAUCAAAGAGAUCUUCGUCGUGGUUUGGUGGAUGGUUGGGAGGAAAGAAGACUGAUAGCUUGGAUGCGGGUCCAACCAAAGGCGGCGAACAUAAAGUCUACAGAGCCAACCUGGGCGAAUCGAAGAUGAAACUGUAUUUUGAUAAGGAACUUGGAAAAUGGGUGAAUCCCGACAAUCCGGAUGCCGCAAAGAAGACAGCAACGCCUCCACCUCCACGAAUGGGUGGUACCCCUGCACCACCUAUGAGCUCUGGAGGGCCUCCGAGGCCACCGAUGGGAUCUGCACCUCCUACCUCGCACCCAAGUAUACCAGGCCUAGGUAUAGGCCCGCCGUCAGCACCAUCAAGUCGCGCCGCUACCCCCGCUGAUGGAGCUGGAGUGUCAGCAAGACCGUCACCACAAAUUGGUGUUUCUGGUCCUCCCAGCGCCACAAGUACGCCCCCCCUCGGCCAUCCUACAACUUCUGGUCUUGCUCCACCACCACGUCCUGCUACAGCAAUGAGCAAUGCUAGCAGCAUUGAUGAUCUGAUCGGUCCAGCAACGGGACGAAAGUCUGCGAAGCCCGGUAAAAAAGGAGCCAAGUCCGGCCGAUAUGUGGAUGUUAUGGCGCAAUAG